AUGAAUAAGUUUGACGAAGCUCAGCCCAAGAAGACUGAAGCUGCUUGCUGUGGUGGGAAUAAGCUGCUUUUCCUCAGAGUCAAUAAACCUAAGCAAGCUUUGUCCUAUCUCCUCUACUUCCUUUCCAUGGGAAUUUUCUAUCUUCUAAAUCACUGAUUUAUCAGUCUUCAAAUGCUGCAAUACAACGCUAUUGAAGCGGAAAAUGCAACCCACGUCCUUGUAUGCACCAAAGAUGGCAUCAAAGAAAUCAUCCAGAUCCGAUCAAUUGCAAUCCCUCUUUCGUCCCUAGGGAUCUCCAGCUCUGAACACAUAGUAAAUCUUGAAGUAAAGUAUAAAUAG